UUGAAAAAACGGGAAGAGCAAGCGAUUAAAGUGACACUCCAUCAUUUGACGGCGAAGUGAGCGCAAACUAGGAGGAGAAGUUCGAAUUGGAGAGCGCUUUAAUUUCCGAACGAACGCCCUAAAAAGUCCCUGAUCCUCCAAUAAUUACAUUGUAAAGUUCGACCUGCGCACAAUUGCGCCAACUGGAGCAAAAAUUUGUUUGGUGCUGUGAGAUGAUCUCGUAUGUAUUCAAAACCUUUGUGCACGGUGUUUUCUUGAAAAUCUCCAAGUUUGCUGGUCAGCUAAACAAACAGAUUAUUGUCAGGAUCUGUAGAUGCUGUCUUUGUAAUUGAGAUAGUUCAGUAUUUGAGCAAUUUGCACCAAAAUUUCUCUGAUGAUUCUUAAAUAAGCAGAGAGUCCAGUACCUUAAGAAGUCAUGAAUAUUGCAGCUCUGAUGACUUCUGCUGGCAUCAACAUAGCCCUCUGUAUCUUGUUUCUCUGUCUGUAUUCCAUCUUGAGAAAACAGCCCAGCAAUUUCAGUGUUUAUUUUCCUCGAAAACUUGCAGAAGAACAAUUGAAGAAACAAGACUCUUUUAGUUUGGACAGGUUAAUACCUUCUGCUGGCUGGAUUAUGAAGGCAUGGGAAACAUCAGAAGAGGAUAUUUUGGCAUAUGCUGGCUUAGAUGCUCUGGUAUUCAUCAGAAUUUUUGUUUUCAGUAUACGUAUAUUUGGGAUCUCUGCUCUCCUAUGUAUCUUUGUUCUACUUCCAAUAAAUUACACUAGUGCAAAAUUUCAGCCUGGAGAUUUUUCUCGUAUUGCUUCUGAAUCAUUAGAUAUAUUCACCAUUUUACACAUUCCAGGUGGCUCAAAAAGGCUUUGGGCACAUGUUUUUGCUCUCUAUGUGAUUACCGGUGCUGCUUGUUUCCUUCUUUAUUUUGAGUACAAACAUAUUGCUGAACGAAGGCUUGCCGUUUUCAAUAAUUCUCUUCCUCGGCCUAAUCAUUUCACCAUUCUUGUUCGUGGAAUCCCAAUAUCAGAUAAGAAUAGCUUGAGUGAUACAGUGGAACGUUUCUUCACUCAGUACUAUCCUUUAACUUAUCACUCACAUCAGAUGAUUUACCGAACUGGCAGGGUGCAGGCACUUAUGGAUGAUGCAGAAAAGAUAUAUAAAAAGAUUGUGCAUUUCAAAUCCCAGAAUAAUUUUCAAAGACAAGCACAUCCAGUUGGCUGUCUAGGUCUUUGUGGUAGAAAGAUGGAUCCUCUAGAUUUGUACACAAAGAAACUUGAGCUUGUUGAGCGAAAUGCUAGGCAUGGAAAUUCCGAUCAUUUUCAAGAAGCAAAGGAACUUCCUGCUGCAUUUGUUUCCUUUAAGUCACGAAUUAGUGCAACUGUUGCUGCACAGGUUCGUCAAUCAUCAAAUCCCAUGUUGUGGAUGACAGAGCUGGCACCUGAGCCUGAAGAUGUUUAUUGGUCAAACCUUUCUAUACCAUGUAGACAGUUAUGGUUUCGUAAAAUUGUGGUUCUUUUGGGAUCUAUUGCUCUUUCAUUUGUAUUCUUUAUUCCUGUCGCAUUUGUACAAGGCCUUUCACAAUUGGACCAGCUACAAAGAUAUUUUCCUUUCCUCCAUAAGGUUCUGAGAACGAAAUUCGCAAGUCAGUUUAUAACUGGAUACUUACCUAGUGUCAUUCAACAAUUAUUUAUGUACACCAUUCCACCCAUAAUGAUGUUUUUCUCAGCAAUUCAAGGGUGUGUUUCUUACAGUGGAAAGAAAAAGAGUGCAUGUGCCAAGAUGAUCUACUUCUCAGUUUGGAAUUUGUUCUUUGUAAAUGUUCUUUCAGGAUCUGUCAUUGGUCAGAUCAAUACCAUUAUUUCCAACCCAAAAGAAUUACCCAAUCGACUUGCAAAACAAGUUCCUAUCCAGGCAACUUUCUUUACCACUUAUAUUUUGACAUCUGGAUAUGCAAGUUUAUCAUCAGAACUUUUACAACUAUUUUCAUUGAUAUCAAAUGUUUGUACACUAUGUACCUCUAAGAGUACCAGAGUUGCGCAGUCUGUACCAUCAUUUCCUUACCAUCAAGAAAUUCCUAAAGUUCUACUUUUUGGGCUUCUUGGAUUUACUUGUUCUGUGUUGGCGCCUUUAAUUCUUCCCAUUCUUCUUUUGUACUUUUCACUUGGAUUCAUCAUUUACCGUAAUCAGGUGCUGAAUGUAUACUGUUACAAAUACGAUACGGGAGGACAGUAUUGGCCAGUUGUGCAUAAUGGCACAAUAUUCUCUUUGAUCUUGACACAAGUAAUUGCACUGGGAGUGUUCGGGGUAAAGAAAUUUCCAUUAGCUUCAGGGUUGAUGGUCCCACUAAUUGUGUUUAGUCUUCUUUUUAAUGAAUACUGCAGGCAACGUUUCUAUCACAUUUUUGAAAAUUACUCUGCAGAGAUUCUAAUAGACAAGGACAGAGAAGAUGACCAAAGCGGCCAACUCGAUAACUUCCUUGAGACCUUAGAUUCUAAAUAUUUGCAUCCAACUUUACAACCAGUGGAAUUAUCUGACUCUGAGAAUAACAAAGAAGUUAAUGCGAUUUCUGAGGGAAAUUUAAGAACCAGCAUGAUUAACUAUCCACUCUUUAGAAUAUUUCACUUAUCACGGCUUAAAGAGAUUUACUUGUGGUUGUCAAUGACUUUGUCAUAUCAAGAGAGGCGAGUAUCAAAAUAAACAAAAUUGAAUUGUGUUGCAGGAUCUGCUUAUACAUAAGAAGAGGCCUAUCCUGCCGUUAGGUAUUUUGAAUUUCCUGCACUUUCUCCCAGUUUGUGCUGCUCUACCUUACAAAGUUACAAAAGCAAUUGAAUGAUUGGAGUGCAUUUAGGCAGACAAAAGGAACUUGUAAAUACUGGCUGCAAUUUUAUUAUUUUUUUAUAAGUUGCAUUCCAAUUUUUGUAUCUAUAUCAUUCAGUUUGUACAGACCAUUUCAAUUCUAUGUAAUACAUUCAUUGUGUAAAAUAUAUUUAUGUAUAGCCAUUCUCCAUUAUAAUCA